AUGGGUAAAUGGUCGCCCGCCUACUAUGAUGACUUGCUCCACAUGAAGUUUCGGUCUUUAACAUACAAUUCCGUGGAUAAAUUACGCAAAUUAAAAGUCGAAGAUGACCUCGUGGAUUCUCACCCGGAGUUCAGGAUAACACAUGAGCAAUUCAUUCAGGCACUGGAUGUCACAGACCCCUUUACACAACAGAUCAUUGAGAUACUGGUAAAGGAAAUAGCCACCCGCCGCCACACUAGAACGAACCGCGCCAAUACACGGUCAACGGCUACAUGCUCUGCCCGAACGGCCAAUGCACUGUUUAAUCUUUGGGAAUCAUGUCGGGGGGCACCACCUUCUCAUUUGCCAAGAAGAAGCGAAUUCGUAUUUGGCUCGCAUGUGUGGGAUGGUGAUAGUGAAACAGAGGAUGUGGGCAUGGACGAACUUACUCCAGAGCCGGAACCGCUUAUAGUUGGCGGUCAAGCCCCGGUUACACUGGGAUCCCGUAUCGGCAGCAGCCUGCGCGAUGCUGGAUCUUCCUCGUCAUCAACCUGGUCAUCAUGGAGACCAUUAGAUGUGGUCUUCUCCCCUCCCAAUCGACCAUUAGAAAUACCUUCUCCGCCGCCCCCUCCUGCGCCUUCAACCCGCCCACAUAGUAGUCUGUUGUCUCUUGUGUCAGCUCGUAAUCCUGUCACCAGGCCAUCAUCAAUACGCCGCCCAGCUUCUGCAAACAGCGUUACCUACUUCCGCCCGCGCCAUCGCACUGCAGACUUUGAGGCCCAAACACAGCGCUUGCGUGAUCGCGCCAGAACCAGAGACUUAUUAGGUUACGCUAGUGGAUCAAAUACUACCAAUGGAAAUAACUCUUCAAUGACGAACCAGGUGCCUCCUGAAAGCUUUGCUCGGCGCGAAGGCGGUCCCAGAAGUGACGGUGGGCCAUUAGAAACGCAGUCUUCAGCUUUAUCUCCAGAGCUCCCACCAGCCCCAAUGCCUGCACAUGCUCAUCCCCAUUCGAGUGGCCCUUCGCACAAUACUCUACGACGUGUGACGAGUGAAUUGUCAUCAUUAGAUAGGUCAAUGGAAGCACAUCGGCGAGAACUUACGGCUGCACGCGAGGACUUUGCUGCUCGUUUCAGGCGCGGGGUAUCGACAUUUACACCGAUCUAUCGUCGUUCAGAGUCCCCGAUCUCAAUGACUGGACCAUCGUCAUCGAGCGCGGGUGCGAGUGUGAUACAUCCUCAGCCAAGAGAAUCUCUACGCGCUGCGUUGUGGGGGACCGGCCCGGGAGACGAGGAGGGUCUCCCGACGCCGCGGUCCCUCACACCCGAAUCGGGCGAGCGGGGACCCACUGCAUAA